ACUUCGGCGAAGCAGAGUCCAUUGUUACUUAGUAUGAAAUCUCUCUUUUUUUGUUUUGUAUUCCAACUUGCAAGUAAAGGGAAAUUCGAGGAAGCUGUGCUAGGUGUAAUUUUGGUUUUUAUAUUCACGAAUCCAUGUGAGUAGCAACUCACCAUGAAAAAGUGUAGAAAGUCAUGAGAAUUCAAUGGUUAAACCCUUAUUUAUUGUCGCGCACAACCCUCAAGAAACACCAACAAGCAAGAGAAAAAACUUUCGCUACAAAGACUUGACAUUUAAUCCAAACAAAGGAAUCGUUUAAGAUGACUAGAACUGUGAAGCGCGAUGAUGAUGUUAUGAUCGAUAUUAAGGCGAUGCUGGAUGGGGCAGAGGUACCCGUAACCAAUGAGUGUUGCAUCUACAAAGUACCCUUUCAUAUUCGGAGACUCAAAGCAGAUGCGUACACCCCAAAUGUUGUUUCUAUAGGCCCUUUUCACCACAAUAGCCAUCCUCGCCUCCUUAACAUGGAAAGACACAAACUCGGUUAUUGUAAGGCCUUUCUUCAACGAACCAACACAACUUGGCAUAGUUGGAUCUGCUACAUAAAAGAAGAGGUGGAGCCCCAUUUUCAUCGUUUUUAUUUAGACACCCUUGAUGAGUUCAGCAAAGAGGAACUGAUAAAGAUCAUCUUUGUUGACUCUGGUUUUAUACUUGAGCUCUUUUGUAGAUACCAUAGUAAAAAUUGGUCAAAGGAUGACGUGUGUCUUUCAAAAUCUUGGUUGGAAUCUAUCAUAAGAUUAGAUUUGUUGUUACUUGAGAACCAACUUCCUUUUUCUCUUCUUGAGUCUCUCUUUAAUAAGUUUUUCACCAACAGAUCUAAUCAUAACAUCCCUUCAUUUAUUGUGCUUACGUUUGACUAUUUUGAUUAUUUUAAUAAAUCCAACUUAAGUUAUGAUAAUACUGGCAUAGAGCACUUUACAGAUCUCAUAAGAACUUUUCACUUGCAACAUCCUCCUCAAAAACGACCAUCUAGGACUAAUGAAGAGAUAGUGACACACCUUCCUAGUGCUACUGAGUUGUCAGAAGCAGGAGUGAGGAUUAAAGUAAAUAAGGAAAGCGAGUGCUUGCUGAACUGGACAUUUUCAGGACGGGUUCUCAGAAUUCCGGAAUUGGUAGUGGAAGAUUGGACUGAAAUUUUGUUCAGGAAUAUGGUGGCUUUCGAGCAGUGUCACUAUCCUGAUAAAUCUUAUAUUACAGACUAUGUUGCUGUUAUGGACUUCCUUAUAAACACAAGCAGAGAUGUGGAUAUACUAGUUCGGAAGGGAGUAUUGGUUAACUGGCUAGGAGAUGCUGAUUCUGUGGCUGACCUCUUUAAUGGUCUCAUGAAAAAUAUUGUGCAGACAAAUGACAGUUCUGAAUACUUUCGUAUCUGCAAAGAGUUGAGUGCUUUUCAGAGAAAUCCUUGGCAUAAUUUGAAGUCCACUCUGAGACGUGAUUAUUGUAAAAGUCCUUGGCAAACUGCUGCUACCAUAGCUGGUAUUCUUCUCCUUAUUCUCUCGCUGAUUCAAUCAGUUUGUUCUGUCUUGCAAGUAAUACAGCAAUAUAAUGCCCCCUCAAAGACCUGGUAAAUACUUAUGUACCGUGGGUGUGCUUUCUUUUUCAGCAUAUGAUUAGUGUUUGUAAAUUUUGGACGUUGAAAUAUCAUCAUUCUUGUUCUUAAUUCUGUCAUGUGAAUUUGUUUGUACAAAUAUUUUAACUAUAAUUUUUUUCUGAUAAAUUA